AUGCUCUACGAAGAAUCGGUAGAUUCGGAAGAGAGGGGUCUCCGAGACCUUCACCUGGCGUAUCAUCGCGGAGCAUUGCAAUUGCACAAACGCAGCCACAACAGGCGAGCUCAGUCAGCCUUCAAUCUGGUCGAUGUGUCCGUUCCAACAAAUGUUGUCUCGUCUCUCGUCGCUUCGAUCACUGUACCGGCCGUACCCAUAAAUCCUGUUGGCACUUCUUCCACAGACUCGACAACAUCGAAAGGAACGCGCCCACCUGCUCAGGCGGCCGCCAAGACCACUAAAACAACAUGCACUCCGUCCCCGACAACGAGUAUGGCUCCUAGUGCGACUUGGACGACAUGUCGUUACAUUGGUCGGGACGGAAAGGUGAAUCCAGACGUCAGGGGCUUGAACGGGCCGUCCGCGAUCAACAGCCUCUCCCAGUAUGUCCUCUAUGGCUGCAUCUCUGCUGUCGUCAACAAAGACUCCAAACAUGCUAAAGAAGCGGUGGCCGCUGUCGACCGGUUUUUCCUGUCGCCCUCUACUGGUAUGAAUCCCAACCUGAAGUAUGGCCAAGUUGUACGAGGACCGGGGCCAGCUGGCAUUAGUGGCACAUUUACCGGGAUUCUUGAUCUACGCGGAACCGUUAAGAUCGUCAAUGGACUGAUGCUAUUGAGAGAACUUGCUCACCCGGACUGGACGGAUAAACGGGACUCGGCUAUGCGGUCGUGGCUAUCGCAGUAUGGACAGUGGUUAACUCACAGCGACAUUGGUAAAAUGACAGGCUCACGACCCAAGUAUGCACCAAUCUUUCCUUCGUGGGUUCCUCUUAACCAUGUUCCUAGCAAUCAUGGAACCUUUUACGUUUCUCAGCUGGCGGCUGCGAAGAUUUUCGAGGGGUCCAAGGAAGAAGCGAUAUCGAUCCUUGUGCAAUUCUUCAAGAAACAGUUCAUAGAUCAAAUCGCCGCCUCUGGGGAGCAGCCCUUCGAAGCAGUCAGAACGCGGCCGUAUCACUACCGCUGCUUUAAUAUAGAGGCGUUGAUCACGAAUGCAAAGCUCGGCGAUCAACUUGGUCUCGAUCUGUGGUCCUCCCGCUCCAAGUACGGCGCAACGAUACAGACCGCCAUGGACUUCAUCAUCGCGUCGGACCCCAAGGGGGAAAAGGCAUCGGAAGCUGUUCCCCACGUCGCGGCUGUAGCGGCAGCCUAUGGCGAUCCGAAGGGAAAGUACGCUGCUUUCCUUAAAAAGCACUUGAGCAACUAUCAGUCGAAGCCUUUCUGGUUUUACGAUCAGCCUAGAGCAGUCUCGAGAGACUCGUCCAAGAAGAUGGUCAAGCAAAGUGAUGCCUCUGGAAAUGGCCAAGAGGCGGACCACGACGGCGCGUCUACUGGUACACCAAAAUCCCCGAAUAUACCCUUCACUUGCCCCGACGUGUUUAAAGAUGCGACGAGAGUGGAGAUCGACAAUGGGAUUUUUGUGACUUGUGACGAGCUUCGGCCGUUCUACGAGCUUCCUAUGCCAAUCUAG